GAGGGCGGCGUGCAAGAUGCAGAUCUCCAUAUACUUUUAACAAGAAGCACGCAUGCCGAGGUUGACAGGUGAAAGCAGAGAGAGAGUUGAGAGAUGGAGGCAGCUGCAGAAGCAAAAGUAGUGAUCAAAGUUGCAGCUCUUUGUGGGUCUAUUCGUAAAGGUUCCUUCCACCGUAGCCUCAUUCAUGCUGCAAUCGAGAUUUCAAAGGAAUCAAUUAAUGGCAUGGAAAUAGAGUACAUAGACAUAUCAACAUUGCCAAUGCUGAACACUGAUCUUGAAGUGGAAGGAACAUUUCCACCUGAAGUUGAGGCUCUCAGAAAGAAAAUACUGGAAGCCAAUAGUGUCCUUUUUGCUUCGCCUGAAUACAAUUACUCUGUCACAGCACCGUUGAAGAAUGCAAUUGACUGGGCAUCGAGGCCACCAAACUGCUGGGCAGGCAAGGCGGCAGCCAUAGUAAGUGCGGGCGGUGGGUCUGGAGGAAUACGAUCACAAUAUCAUCUGCGGCAGAUAGGGGUAUUCCUGGACCUUCACUUCAUAAACAAGCCUGAGUUCGUCUUGAAGGUGUUCGAGCCUCCUUCAAAGUUUGAUAGCAAUGGCAAGUUGGUCGAUGCAGAGGUGAAGGAAAAACUCAAGGGCGUUCUUGUAGCCUUACAUGCAUUUUCUCUUAGACUCCUAACCAAACAUUGAAAUCAAUAUUUAAGUCUGCAAAGU